AUGAGAAACAUUUUACAGUUGUUCAGGAGACAGAUCAACAAACUAGCAAAUAAUAGCAGAUUUGCUAUCAGCAAUAAAAGAAAAAUAUGGUACACCGGUACAAUUACCAUUUUACUGAUACUAAUCAUUACGUUGAUCCUGCUUCCCUUAACCAAUUCUACAACUAUUAAUACAAAAAACUACACUGGCACCCAGUUAUUAAAUAAUAACCAUCACACUGAACAUACCAAUGAAAACCUUUCUACUGGAAGUGAAGAUGAUGAGUUGUUAGCCAAUCUACCCGAAGGUUAUAGUAUCAAACCAAUUUCCGAAACAUCAACCGCUGCUGAGACAACAAUCGACAACGAAUCCGGUGGCUACGUUAGCAAAUUUCAGCCUGGCUUAGAAGACGUCGGAACCACCGACGAUACUAUUAACGGUGGGGGUACUAUCAAGAAAGUUGAAAUUAGAACCACUUUCCCUGCAGAAGUCAAAAAGUUUAUAAUAGAGAUUUUCGAAAAUAUUAGGGAUUAUUCUCCAUCUUCUUCAUUCAAAGUGGAAAUGGAUAACUCCAAUCCUAACUGUAAAGUUAAGGAUGUUUCCUUCCAUGAUUAUGAAAGCGUGAAUAAGUUUCUAACCAAGGAAGUUUUGUCCAAAGGUUGCUUAAAGCCAAUAUCAACAAAAGACCUGGGUGUGUUGCAAACAUUGCAUGGAAAUCUUAAAAAAAUUAUCAAAGAUUACUUGCUAAAAAAAUACAAGCUUUUAGUUGAAGAUAAAGUUAUUACGUAUAACAAAUUGGAUAAUACUGAAUCGGGUAUUGUUAUUAUGGCUGGUGGUAAAUAUUCCUUGACAGCUUUGGGUGUCUUAAAGUCUAUUAGGGAAAACUCAGGUUUGAAAACUAGAAACUCUGUUCCUGUGGAGAUUUUUUUCCCGCCAGAUAUUGACGAUGACCAAGCCAUCAAAUUUUGUACGGAAAUUAUUCCAAAAGUUGACAAUACUGGAUUGACUUCGUGUACUUUAAUGUCUAGACUAUUGCCAGAAUCUGAGGAUCCAACCAAGACCAUCAAAAACAUACAGGGAUACCAAUACAAGGCGAUGUCCAUACUAUUUUCCAAAUUCCAAAAAGUGUUAUUUUUAGACGCAGAUAAUUAUGUUGUGAACCCAAUAGAUGGAUGGUUUAAUAAUAUAAUUUUUGAGAGAAGCGGGUUGAUCUUGUGGCCUGAUUUUUGGCGUAGGGUUCAUCAUCCAUGGUUCUACACCAUAACCGGCCUAAAUGUUGAUGAAAACAGGAGGGUCAGGUUCGCCAGUGACCAUCUAAUUUCUCCAGAAAUAUUGAAAAAUCUAGACGGCCCUGUCCCAUAUCACGAUUACAGUGGUACUAUACCUGAUUUAUCUAGCGAAUCUGGCCAAUUGUUAAUCGAUAAGAAUAUGCAUAUGGACACUUUGAUAUUAAGUCUUUAUUACAAUAUUAAUGGUCCGAACGUUUUCUAUCCCCUAUUAGGACAAGGAGGUGCGGGUCAAGGUGAUAAAGAUACAUUUGCUGCAGCAGCCUUUAAUUUUCACGGUCUAAACAAGAUGUAUCAAGUUCGUGGCACUCCUAGAGCUAUUGGGUACCACUGUGAUAAGAACGAAGUGUCUAUUGAGGACUUGAAGAAUAGCGCAGGGCUGGGUGAGGGCGCUUGGUCUUUUAGAGGAGUGGGUAUUUUACAAUCAGAUUUUACUGAAGACUAUAAGAUCGAACAAGCUACCAAGAUGGCUAUUCAAGGUGGAUUAAGGGAUGCAUUGAGGAGGUAUCUAGAAGAUUGGGGUAACAAGCAUAACGAUGAAUUACCUGGGCCUAAAGGCGGCAAAGAGUGGUGGGCUGCUUUGGAGUCGAAGGAUAAAGUCAAACAAGAAUUUUAUAAGUCAGUGUCAAAGAAUUAUAGCUUAAAAGACUUCCUUAUAGAAUACGAUUUAUCUCCAAAAGUGUUUGUUCAUUCUAAUUUGCCCAAAUUAAAUCCAUUAGAAAUGGGUUUCCAAGAAGAUAUGGUCUAUAACGGCAAGAAAUUCAAAGGUAGAGAGGGUUUUACUAAAUCACCAAUGGCUAAAUUUACCGGGCAUUUUAGAAUGUAUGAACUUGAACAGAUGAAGAGUAUGACUAAUUAUGAUUUGGAAUUAGCUACAUUCAAAUUGUACAACGAUGUCUUGUGCACAGAAGAUGAAAAAAUAAACGAUGUUACUGGUACCCCUGAAUUAGCGUUGUGGAAAAUCCCUUAUUUAUAUGAUAAGUUCACUAAUGACGAGGAAUUGAAAGAGGGCAAUUUUGGACCAGAUAAGAUGUGUUUAUACAUUAAAGACAGAUAUACUUAUUUGAAAAAGAGUACAUGGGAGUCUAGUAGAUACUAG